AUGGCAGACUGGGCUUCUACAUUCAAGAAACUGGCCCCGGUGGUCGUGGCAGCUCUGGCGACGGCUCCUGUUGACGCACAGUUAUACAAUAGCAUUGUCCAGACAUCUCUUGGUCCCGUUCAAGGUUUCAAAUACUUCAACGACUCCAAUAUUACCGAAACAUACUUCAACCUGUCCGACAGCACCGUGACGGCCUUUUUGGGCGUCCCUUUUGCUGCCGAUACGGGCUACCAAAACAGAUGGAAGCCGGCUCAGCCUCGUGAGCCGUGGAACACCACGUUUGCGGCGACUUCAUUUGGCCCCGCAUGCCCUACACUCUACGCAGAGGACUAUAGCGAAGACUGCCUGAGCCUGAACAUUUGGACCAAUGCCAACUCCUCCAGCGACAAGCUGCCCGUCCUUGUGUGGAACCAGGGAAGUGAUGAGACAAGCGACAAUACGUGGUGGUACGGUGGAGGAAUGGCUUUGGAAAAUGUUGUCAUGCUCAACGCCGAGGGCCUUGAGCUGACUGGCUACAAUACCUCGGGCAACUACGGUGUUCUUGAUGAGCUGGAAGUCCUAAAGUGGGUGCAAAAGAAUAUUGGCAACUUCGGAGGUGACCCCGACCGUGUCACCAUUGCCGGUCAAUCAUUUGGAUCUGCUCAGGUCUACCAUGCCGUGAACAGUCCUCUCUUUAGUGGCUACUUCCACGGUGCCAUUUCCCAGUCAGGAAUCCGAUAUCCUUACGAUACCCUGCUCGCGGGCCUGGCCACGCAGUAUGUUCCCAUGGAAAAGGCCCUGUCCUUUGGACUCAACUACACGGCAUCGCACAAUGUCACGAGCGUGGCCGAGCUACGCAACCUUUCCCUUUCGGACAUUUUGAUCGGCUCGGCAGACCGCGACACUAGUAUCUGGAACAUAACCGCCCUCUCCUGCGGAAACCCUCUCAUCUUCAAGCCCGCUCUUGACGGUUAUGUCCUGCCCAUGAAGUACAUUGACCAGCUCAAGGCCGGCCCCGCGAAUGACGUGCCGCUGAUCACGGGCAACACCAAGGAUGAAAGCGGUGCUGCUACCACGACUAAUUUUACUGUCGACGAGUACACCGAGUACUAUACCGAAAAGUACGGCAACCUGUCCUCGCGAUACUUUGAACUGUAUCCCGUUGACGACAAUGCAACACUUGGUGACAUGGCGUGGAAUGCGGCAGCACGAGACACUUCGCUGGUGAGCUCCUGGGCAUAUGCCAAUGGCUGGAUUCAGUCCGCCGAGAGCCCAUUCUACACAUACUACUGGGACCAUGCGCCACCGGGUCAGACUGCAGGAGCUUUCCACCAGAGUGAAAUCAUGUACGCCCUCAAUGCUCUCUACGCCAACGGAGAUCAGUACCCCUUUACCGAAGAGGACUUGGCAAUCGACAAGAAAAUGACUGCGUACUGGACCAAUUUCAUCAAGACUGGAAACCCGAACGGCAACGGCACGUCUGGAGAUCUUGCUCAUUGGUAUCCCAAUGAUGGUACCAGCAACUAUGUGAUGCAUCUGGGAGACGGUUGGGGUAAUCACACUCUUGCCAAGCCUGAGCAGGUGACUUUUAUCAUGGAUUACUUUGGCCAGCAGGUCCCAUACUAG